AUGGGUCCCCUGUCCGACGACGACGGCCGAGCGGCGAAUCGUGCCUCCCUGAGGGUUAAGUACAAGAAAGCUGUCAUGAACCUCAUCGAGGCACUCAUGUCCGACCCGAAGCCCAAGUACCGGAGCGAUGAUCUCAUGAAACUCCGAGUGACUCUUGGAUCAUUUAAUCCUGUGGAUCAGGAGUUCCUCACCUCGAAUAUCUGCCUGUUCAAACCCAUGUCUUCUAAGCAGAUCAAGGGAUAUUCUUUGGACAUGUCGAGGCAACAUGAAGGCCAUCGCGACUUAUGCAACAACUAUGACAAGGUGGACAAAACUACGACGGAUGGCCUGGGCCGUCCCCUUCGCAGUUGGGAGAUUAUGGAGCGCCAAGUAGUUACCACUUUUCGCUACCUGAACCUACACUUCGAGAGUUCAUACAAGGAGACCAAGCGCUACCCCGAAUCUCUUGCUAAAAGCGCAAACUGGUACCCCUUUAGGGAGGGCAAUCCAUUUGGAGAUCUGCCCCGGGGGCUACUCGUGGGCCGCCUCUUGACAAACCAGAUCCCGCAGUGGAGGGUCAGGGGUCGUUACGAGUGGCAAUCGAACUACCGUAAACCAGAAACGUUACUCCCGCACAUGAUGCUCGUUAUGUACACUGGUGAAGAUGCUAUCGAAGGGGAACUGCUUUUCUGCGAGCUUGGAUGUAUUGCGCAGGUGAUCUACAACCGUUUACAACAGAAGGAGUUCGAGAACACCUCGCUCUUCCCGGUGUUGCUCAUCUCGCUAUUUGGGCCGCGACGCGGACGUCUCGUGCAGGCUAAAUUCAACAAGUCUGGUGUCUUGAAAGUCAGGGCGUCGCCUAUCUACAGCUUCAUGAGCAAGGCCAAGGCACCUUGGGACCUUUUCUUACGCUACCAUGCCUGUGAGCCUCGCGAUGGGCCAGAGAUAGAAUUUGGUGAUGAUGAGUAG